AUGAAAUUCCAAUAUACAUCCGUUUUAUUUGCUAUUUUCCUCGUGGUCUCUGCUACCGCUGCACCUACACCAAGUAAACGUGAGGCUAAACCUGAAGAAAAACGUGCCGCCGUUCCCGGUGGUUACG